UGCGCCAGUCGUGGGGAUAGAAGCAUCCAGCCAUCGCGCGACUCUCCAUCAUCACAUAGAAAACUGCGAGCCGCUCCGGCGGUGCAAAGCAGCGCCUCGCUGCCCUGCCACGCCGCUUCAUGGACAGCCAACACAAUGGCAGAAGAUUUGGGGGUGCAUCUGUUUAUAGCAACAACAGUUAGCAUGGAUAAUCCCGCCUCAACCGAUUCAGCUCUCGUCGUUACGAUGAUUAGAGCGCCGCUGUCUGCUCGCCGGGCAUGAUAGGCAGGAGAGAGAGCAGUGCGGGAGUGGGGCUUCUCGUUUUGACAGUACUUUUUGAGAGAGAAACGCAAAGAAGCGUGGAACAGGUGGACUGUGGCUUGGGGUCCUUCAAAAUGGAUAUAGAUCCCUGUUUGCGGUACUAUUUCCAGCACCCCUGGUCUCGUCUGUUUGUGGCCUACCUCGUCACUUUCUGCAACUUCCUUAUCUUUGCUGAGGACCCUGUCUCCCACAGCCAGACAGAGGCUCACAUGAUCGUGGUGGGAAACUGCUUCUCCUUCAUAGUGAACAAGUACCCUGGUGGAGGAUGGAGCAUCCUCAAAGUCAUCUCGUGGCUGAUGGCCAUUGUCACCGGAAUGUUUGCCGGGAAGUUCAUAUUCCACCGCAGGCUCUUUGGUCGAUAUCUGCGUCUGAAAAUGUUCCGUGAGGAUCACGGCUCCUGGAUGACCAUGUUCUUCAGCACCAUCCUCUUCCUCUUCAUCUUCUCACACAUCUACAAUGUGAUCCUUCUAAUGGCAGGAAGCAUGGGGCCUCACAUGGUGACAGAGUACAUGGGUAUCAGGAACGAGAGCUUCAUGAAGAUUGCAGCAGUAGGGACGUGGAUGGGGGACUUUGUGACUGCAUGGAUGGUCACUGACAUGAUGCUCCAGGACCAGCACUACCCAGACUGGGGCAAAGCUGCCAGAAGGUUCUGGAAACAAGGCAACCACAGGAUCGUCCUCUUCUGGACGGUCCUGAUCUCUCUGACAUCGGUGGUUUUGUUGGUCAUCAGCACUGACUGGAUCAGCUGGGACAACCUGAACCGGGGAUUUCUGCCCAGCGACGAGGUCUCCAGGGCCUUCCUGGUAUCCUUCAUCCUGGUCUUUGACCUGCUCAUUGUCAUGCAGGAUUGGGAUUUUCCUCAGUUCAUGGGCGACCUGGAUAUGAACCUGCCUGGCAUGUCCACCACUCAGCUCAAGUUCAAACUUCCUGUCUGCAAGAGCAUCUUCAAAGAGGAAUACCACAUCCAUAUCACAGGUAAGUGGUUCAACUAUGGCAUCAUCUUCCUGGUGUUGAUCCUGGACCUGAACAUGUGGAAGAACCAGAUCUUCUACAAGCCCUACGAGUACGGCCAGUACGUUGGUCCAGGGGAGAAGAUCUUCACUGUGGAGGAGCCCAACACACUGGGCGACUUCAACCGCAGCACGCUCACCUACAAGUGGCGCUCCAGCCAGGUGGACCCGCUGACCAACCGCUCGUAUGUCCAUCGGGACAUGUUCCUGCAUAGCCGCUACGUGGGUGCCAGCCUGGAAGUCAAGUGCCUGGCCUUCAUCCCCAGCCUGGCUGCCUUUGUCCUCUUCGGCUUCUUCAUCUGGCUACUGGGACGUUUUCAGGACAGCGAGACCUUCCCGGAGGGCCAGGUGGACAAGACGUAUGAGAGGAUCAAGAGGAAGUCUCCGUCUGAGUACAGUAAGGACAUGGGACUCACGCCAGAGGAGGUGCACAUCUCUAUGAGCGAGGCGCUCAAACGUUCCGGAACCCCCAUGCUGCUAUCGGUGGACGGGCAUCAUUUUGCUCUGCACUCUGCCACCUCCACCAACUCCACUUCGCCUGUUUCCAUGGAGACCCAGGAGACGCAUCCCAGCAUUGUCAUCGAAGGCACGGAGCCAAGAGAGCCGGCGGUUUCCUUUGAUGUCGGCAAACUGUCACCGCCCUGACCUUACUGCCCUGAGGGGAAGUACUUCUAUGCUUCUACUGACAGACACACAGACUGGAGGGAGGAGAGGAGACACACAGACUGGAGGGAGGAGAGGAGACACAGGAGAGAGACCAAACUGAAACUCAAUUUCAGUCUAGAUUUUUUUCAGUCUGGGUAGAUUUUCAACCCAACACUGAUUAUUCCUGGAGCAGGAGGAUGUAGCUACAAUGGCCACUUUGUUUGGCUUCUGUGAUAUCCCUGAUGGCAUUUUAUUAUUAUUAUUUAUUUGAAUUGUAAAACCUCUAAGCUGACACCAACACAAUGACAAACAGCUUAUUUUAACCUCCCUCACUGUAAAGUUCUAUUGUCAACACGGUGCUCUCGCUAGAUUUGACGUUUUUACAAUAUCAAGAUGUUUUCUCUUUUAUCGUGACAUAUUUUGGUGCCUAUGUGGGGAACUAUUUCUACAGUCGAUGUAUGACACAAUGGUCAUGGCUAGUUUAUAUUGUACAACUUGAGUAUUACAGUUGAAGAGGUGCCUUGAAUUUGCUAUCUUGAUAAUUCUUACAUAUCCCAUUUUCACGUACCUCUUCUCUUGUAGUCAUAGAAAUGACUAGAUUGCUAAACAUCGUUAUGAUGAUGAUAAUACUAUGACCACCUCUUCAUUUUCUGGUUGUAUUAUCAAAUGCAAGAUAAAAGGCAUAAGCUAUUUUCAAAUAACAUUAAAAAGUCACCUCAUGAUCGCUUAUCUGGUCAAAAUACUCAGAUGUAAUGCCAAUUAGGUCAGAAAGGUCAUUUGCCCUUGGCGGGGUAAAUGUGCUUUUGUUAUAGAAGGAGAGAGAAGAACACUAAAUCUAACUGAUGCACCUUACCCAUAUCAUAUCCCCCAGCAGUAUAUGUACCACAAGUAAGACCUUGGUUCGAAGCCAGUAUUGGGGUACGGAUUGGUUUGAGAGAACAAAUAGAGAAUUACAGCUGACAAGAAAAAGAGAGUGGGAGUUUUUAAUAUUUAUGAGAAUUAUGAGCGUUAUCACAUACGUUAAGUGUGCAACUACUGUAUACCAAUGCUCUGUUAUUUAAGUGUUUUCUAACAAAGUGUUGUGCGUCUGAGUUUGUGCGCGUGUGUAUGUGUCAGAGACAGCGAGAGCUGACAAUUCUGUGAAGAGGUCAAUGUAGUUCAUGUAAGUGGCGUAUGGUCCUUGGUUCAGUGAUCCCCUUCUACACUUUACAGGUCAGAGUCCUCAUUACAGCUCAACUUAUUUCAUUUUGGAGAUACGGCUUCGCAACGAGGCAACAAAUUGCUAAAUGUAUGGGGCAAUGGCUAAAUGAGUGUGUUUAUCUCACUAGAAGUGAUAGAGUGAUAUGUUUGUAAAAUAUUGUACUUUGGUUGGAACUGAAUGUUCCCCUGCUGUUAUACAUGGUAUUGUGUUGCAUAACUGACAGCUAUUUUGCAUUCUUGUGUGUGUGGUUUUUAAACAAAGGAUAUCUCUUUUUAACAUGUUGACGCAAUAAAUGUCUACCGAGUAAUGGUAUCAAUAAAAUGAA